UUUCUUUCAUACAUAGUAUAUGUUUCCACCUGAAACUCGAUCAUCAUCUUCAUCUUCCCUAGCUAGUUCCGAUUAAGAAACCAUCACCCCUGUUGUCUAUCUCUUUUGCUUGUGUGUAAGUCACUCCCAUGUCAAUUUGUAACAAUAUCUAAACAAAGAUGCCAGAGAUUCAUGAACAGCUCGAUUCCCACACCAUAAGAUCCCAUGGAGCUCAUGUAGCAAGAGUGCACAUGCAUGACUGGCUAAUCCUGUUACUUCUUGUUCUCGUAGACGUCGUUUUGAAUGUUAUACAACCAUUUUAUCGUUUUGUUGGAGAGGAUAUGAUGACAGAUCUUAAAUAUCCUCUAAAGAAAAACACUGUUCCAAUUUGGGGUGUUCCAGUUGUUGCAGUGCUGCUUCCUUUGAUGGUCAUCCUGGCCUACUAUUUCAUCAGAAAGAAUGUCUAUGAUCUCCACCAUGCAAUAUUGGGACUUCUGUUCUCCGUAAUCUUAGCUGCAGUAUUAACUGAUGCAAUCAAAGAUGCUGUUGGAAGGCCUCGCCCGGAUUUCUUCUGGCGUUGUUUUCCUGAUGGAAUAGGGGUGUUUGAUCCUGUCACAAAGGAUGUUAUGUGUACUGGAUUGAAAAGUGAGAUCAAAGAAGGACAUAAAAGCUUCCCAAGUGGCCAUACCUCUUGGUCUUUUGCUGGGUUGGGGUUCCUUUCUUUGUACUUAUCUGGAAAAAUCCAAGCUUUCGAUCAAAGGGGUCAUAUUGCAAAGCUAUGCUUAGUUUUCCUGCCUUUACUUGUUGCUGCUCUGGUUGCUGUUUCUCGAGUCGAUGAUUAUUGGCAUCAUUGGCAAGAUGUAUUGGUUGGCGGUCUAUUGGGAUUAACGGUUGCAUUAUUUUGUUAUUUGCAAUUUUUCCCACCUCCAUAUAACAAAGAAGGUUGGAUCCCGUAUGCGAAGAUGGUAGGGGAGUCGAUAAACGGGAAGGCACAUUAUUCUUAUUCAUCGAACUCAAAUGGAUUUAUAGUGAGGCCUGAAUCGUCGUCAUUAGAGAUCGAUACGAGCUCCACGAGUCCUAUAUUGGAUGGAAUGGAACUUGGGGAAAGGCGUUUGGUUUGAACCUUAAGUUAUUGAAUCAUUGGUCUACAAGAUUUGUUACAAUAAAUUUGGUUAAAUGAUAAUGUUCAUGUUUUAAUCUUUGAUUUUUUGUGAGCAUGUACAAGAAUGUCAAUCAAACUAUUCAUGCCGUGGUUAUUGGACAAAAAAAAUCUUUAAUUGUUAAU